AUGCUCCCCGGAACCAACCUGACCAGAACCAUAUGCAGGUCAGCCAGAAACCUUGAAUGGCUUCUCAUUGACCUCGAACACGGCAAUAUCUCCGACGACUCGAUGCAUGAAAUUGUGGCAGCUUCGGCAGCAUGUGGAGUCUCGCCCAUCGUCCGUGUCGCAGAAGGCCAGCCGUGGAUGAUAAAACGCGCCCUGGACUCUGGCGCCCACGGCAUCCUUGUUCCAGUCAUCGACACAGCGGAGGAUGCGAGAAAUGUGGUGCGAUAUUCGAAGUUCCCCCCGGUUGGAAAUCGCGGGUUUGAGAGUCUCCUCGCGGUGGAGAAGUUCGUGGAGCAACAUCCCCACGGUAGUGAGGCGAAAGAGUUGACGGGUAUGGAAUACUUGCAGCAAGCCAACAGCUCGCUCGUCAUCGCGGUGCAGAUCGAAACAAAAGCUGCCCUUGAAAAUGUCAGGGAAAUUGCUGCCGUGCCUGGUGUUGAUGUUCUGUUUAUUGGCCCUUUUGACCUGAGCGUCAAUAUUGGUCACCCCAUCACCAACCCCGAACAAAUGCAUCCUGAGCUUGUGAAAGCUAUUCAGAAAAUCCAUGAGGCUGCCCAGGCCGCUGGAAAAGCUACUGGGAUUUACUGUGACACCGGCGAGCAAGCGAGGGAAUACGCCAGCAAGGGAUUCCAGAUGAUGAGCGCAAUGACGGAUAUGGUAGGGAUGAGGAAGGUAUUUAAGCAAGCCUUUGAUGCUGCUAAAGGUGACUUAUAG